AAACAAAUGGCACCAAUCUCUCUCCAUCUAUCUCCAAAUCAUUCCAUUGCGAAAGAGAGGGAAACAACCGAAUCCAAACAACACAAAUUCUCUCACAUCAAGUCAAAUCAUUUUCUCUCUCUACCAUCUCGCCGUAACCGAAUUCAACAAUGCCGUGGUUUUCGUAUUCUCCCCCCUUCCCGCCGGCGGCGAUUCUCAUUCUCUCAUUGUUCGCCGCAGCAAAUGCCGUCGACAACAAUGCCUCAUGCAAUCACGAAAUACAAUUGAUUAAGGUGAAGAAUUGGAUUGAUGGCAAAGAAGGUGAAAUGGUUAAUGGCAUGACCGCGAAAUUCGGCUCUUUGUUGCCUGAAGAUGCUGCUAAAUCUGUUAGAGCUCCUCUUGUUUCUUCUGUUCCAGCUGAUUGUUGUUCCCUUUCAACUUCAAAGGUAUCUGGAUCAGUUGCUGUUUGUGUUCGCGGUACUUGUGAUUACACGACUAAAGCUACAAUGGCACAAUCAGGAGGCGCUACUGCAGUGUUGAUGAUAAAUGAGGAGCUCUUUGAGAUGAAUUGCCCUAGUGAUACUAAGGAAAAGAUAGACAUUUCAAUCCCAGUAGUGGAAGUAACAGAGUCAUUGGCAGGAAAUCUCAAGAAUUCUUUGAAGUCUGGAAAGAAAGUGGAAGUCCUACUAUAUGCUCCAGUUCGUCCAGUUAUAGAUUUCUCCGUUGGAGCUUUGUGGUUGAUGUCUGUCGGAACAGUUAUAUGUGCUUCCUUAUGGGCAGACUUUACUGCUACUGAUCAAGCCGAUGUACACUAUGAUGAUUAUUCUCCUAAGGGAUCUUCCACUGCUGAAAAAGGGGCAGAUGGUUCUGAAGAUGAAAUUGUUAACAUAGAUGCUAAGGGGGCUGUCAUUUUUGUCAUUACGGCUUCUACGUUUCUCGUGCUACUGUUCUUCUUCAUGUCAUCUUGGUUUAUCUGGGUGCUGAUUGUACUUUUUUGUAUUGGAGGUAUUGAGGGGAUGCAUAAUUGUAUUGUAACCCUCACUUUAAAACAUCAUCCCAGUUAUGGACACAAGACUGUGAAUUUACCUAUGUUUGGGGUGGUAUCCAUUUUCUCACUAGUAGUGCUACUAUUUUGUAUGGCAUUUGCGGUAACAUGGGCGGUUACUCGAAAAGGGUCAUUUUCAUGGUUUGGUCAAGAUCUUCUUGGUAUCUGUUUAAUGAUAACAGUAUUGCAAUUGGCUCGCUUGCCUAAUAUCAAGGUUGCUACUGUACUACUUUGUUGUGCAUUUGUAUAUGACAUUUUUUGGGUAUUCAUAUCCCCCGUGAUAUUCCAGAAGAGUGUUAUGAUUACUGUUGCUCGGGGUGACAAGGCCGGCGGUGAAGCAAUUCCUAUGCUUUUGAGAUUUCCCCGUCCUUCUGAUCCUUGGGGUGGCUAUGAUAUGAUUGGAUUCGGAGAUAUUCUAUUUCCUGGUUUGCUUGUUUCCUUUACUCGUAGAUUCGACAAAAAUAAUAACAAGGGGGUUUUUGAUGGAUAUUUUCUUUGGUUGGUAGUUGGCUAUGGCUUUGGUCUCAUCUUCACAUAUUUGGGGUUAUAUUUGAUGAACGGUCACGGACAACCUGCACUCCUCUACCUUGUUCCAUGUACAUUAGGAGUCGCUGUGAUAUUGGGAUGUAUAAGAGGCGAGCUCAAGGAUAUUUGGAAUUAUAAAGAAGAUUCGUCUUCAUCCAAAGAACCUUCUGAAGUUUGAAUUAUUACACAGUUUAAUGCAACUAGGACAAUUAUCUCACAUACAUCAAUAUUAACUUAAUGGCAUGCGAUGUAUUUGGUGGUUAUAGGAAAAAGAUCAGGUGUACAUGCUAUUCUUUCCCAGGCUUCGGUAAAUAUCUUUUGUAAUUAAUAACUAAUUAACAAAAAUCAAUGUCCUUUCUCUGUUUUUUUUUUAAAAAUAUAACUCUGCUUCAUAAUUCUCGCGAGAAAGAAAAUAAAGUGUUGUGAAAUU